AUGAAGAGAGCUUUGAAUAUUACUUUUUAUUUAAUUUUUUUUUAUUUCUGUAUAUAUAUAAGUAGUGCUAGACCGACAAAUAACGAUAACAAUGAGCAAGGUAUAAAUAAUAGAAAAAAUAAUUUAAGAAAAGGUUCUGAGUACAAUGGUCAACUGAUUGGUAGUAGUGAUAAUGGAGAUACAAAUUUACAACAAGACGGAAAUCAUAUCAAUAUGGUAGGUAAUGAUGGUCACGGUGCAAGUGGUGGUGAUAAUACAAGAGAAAGUACUGUUAAUCUGAGGAGCGUUCAAGCAGAAGGUGUAGAAUCUCAAUCUGGAACUACACAUCAUGAACAUGGAUCAGGUCUUACUACAUCCACAGAAACAGCUGUUGAAGGCUGUACAAAACCAGAUUGUACGGAUUGUACAAGAGGUGAUCGCACUGUAUGUCCAGAAGAAAGCUGUACUGAACGUUCAACAGGAAGCCGUACUGAAUGUUCAACAGAAGGGGCUAAAUGCUCAGAUCAAAAAUGUACAAAAUGUAAUAGUACUACAAGUGAAACUACAAGUCAUACGGGACAUUCAGAAGGUUCGAGUGGAGUAAGCGAUACAACAGUUCAAACCCCAGUAAGGGAUUCCCAAACAUCCCAAAAUCGUACAAACAGUGAGCAAGCAGAUGUAAGAUCUGAGGAUCAAGGAAGUAAAAGUGAACCAGACACAACAGUAACCAAUUCACUACAGGAAAUAACAUUAACUGAUAAAGGUAAUAUUGAUAUAACCAAUGAGGAGGAGCUCGUAAAAGAGGAGAUUGAAGAUGUUGACAAUGAUGAUACAGAAGAAGAGGAAGAGCAAGAGCAAGUAAUAACUGAAGAUACAAUAAAAGAAGAUAUGGAAGAAGAAGAAGAAGAUGAUGAGGAUGAAGAGGAAGAGGAACAAGAAGAGGAACAAAUACAGCAGGAAAACGAAAAAGAGACAUCACAAAAAAAUGAAGAAAAAGAAUCCAGAACAAAUGAUACUAAGGCCCAUGAUUCACUUGCUAAAGAUUACAGAGAAGAUAUUGAAAUUAAAAAAAUGGCUGAUACAUUUGUUAGCACAUUGAUUAGUUUACUCGAUAAUUCUAAUGGGGUUAAUAGUACAAUCAAAGAUUUAUCAAAAGAUAUUACUCAAUUUUUAUUGACAUAA